AUGACAAAACAUUGUGUGUUUCAUUUUCUGCAGAUGCAGCAUGAGGCAAAUAAAAUGUGGCAAAAUCAAACUACUAUAUCCGAAUUCAUACUCUUAGGAUUUGGCGAUCUCCCUAAAGUGCACGUUCUUCUCUUCCUGUUCUUCUUAGUGAUCUACUUGGUGACCAUGGCUGGGAACCUCCUCAUUGUUGUACUGGUUGUGGCAGAUCAACACCUUCACACCCCCAUGUACUUCUUCCUAGGAAAUCUGUCCUUCUUGGAAUCCUGCUACAGCUCUACCAUCCUGCCUAAAAUGUUGUCAAGCCUCUGGACUGGGGAAAAAAGAAUUUCUGUAAAAGCCUGUUUUUUGCAGUUCUUCAUUUUUUCUUGCCUGGGAGGUGCCGAAUGCUACCUCCUAGCCAUGAUGUCUUAUGACAGGUACUUAGCAAUAUGUAAGCCACUCCAUUAUGCUACACUUAUGAAUGGCAGACUGAGCUUCCAGUUAGCAGCUGUAUCUUGGGUAAGUGGAGUUUUUGUCAGCACAACUUUAACUUUGAAAGUGACAUCGUUAUCCUUUUGUGGUCCCAAUAAAAUUGAUGAUUAUUUUUGUGAUGUUAGCCCUAGCAUAAGGUUUAUUUCAUGCAGUGACACUCAUUUAUUUGAACUAUCAGCCUUCAUAUUUACCUGUGUAUUCACCCUACCCCCCUUUCUACUCACCUUGACAUCCUAUGUUUACAUCAUAAUUACAAUCCUCAGAAUCCCAUCCACCACUGGGAGGCAAAAAGCCUUCUCCACUUGUUCCUCUCACCUCACUGUGGUUGCCUUGUUUUAUGGAGCUCUGAUGCUUGUCUACAUGUUACCACGAUCAAAGGACAUUAGUCAUUUGAAGAAAGUCUUCUCUCUCUUCUACACCAUCCUGACUCCCAUGGUCAAUCCCCUCAUAUACAGCCUGAGAAACUUAGAAGUGAAGGAAUCCAUCAGGAAAUGUUUCAGAAGAGUUAUAUUCUAUAUUACACCAUGA